AUACCAUGUAAACAAAAAUUGUCUGCCUUAAUAAACAACCUUCUGUGAGCUUACACUAAAGCAUAUGCUUGGUGGAUCUAGAUGCUUGUCAAUCAAAAAAUCUCAAAACCAAAGGAUUGCAUAUUUUUACUCAGAGUAUUUAAUAUCUACUAGUCCUGAAAUAUUUCCUGGCUUAUUUAGGUCAUAGUGUUAAAAUGUUUUUUGUGUUUUAGGAAUCAAAGUUUGCCUCCAUCCCUUGUUUUAAAUAUUCCUGGAGCCACCCCUGAUACGGGUGUCCUUUUCAAAGAUCGAUGGUGGAGAUUGUGAAGGUUAAGGGAUCAUUAGGGUGUGCCUUUGAAAUCCUCGCCUUCCCAUGUAAGGUGCGGUAGCUAAGGAAAAUAUGGAGCCGGUAUUGGGAACUUUUGAACAAGAUGACUGGGAAAAUGAUGAUCGAUUCGACGAAUCAAAGCUUCCAUCUUCAGGUUAUGAAUAUCUUCGGAGAGUUCAUUUUGAAGCUAUGCAGUGCCCUGAUGUUGUAGUUGCCAGUCUUGACACCAACAGCUUCCAAAGCAAGCAGACUGUUCAUGUGAAUGAGAGAUCUGGUUGGUCACCGGCUCCAGCUGGAUUUGCCCCCUCAGCUGAUUGGCAGACGGAACAAGCUGCAGAUUUUGCCGAUAUAAGACAAAAACUUGCUCAUCAUCGAUCAAAGCCUGGAAAAGAGUAUUCCACAAAGCUAGCUUUGCCAAGGAAAUCUGAUUCUAUGGGAUGGUGUCAAUUUUGUCUUGGAGAGCAGAUUGCAAUGAAAAUAUUUGGCAGGAAAGAUAACAAGAAAACUGUUAAUGAUGAGAAAGCAUUGGAAGGCAGCAAUUUACAAACCACCAAUCAGGAGGGAACACCUCCUCUACUGAGUGUUCUUCUUCAAAUUAAUCAAGCGACUUUGCUGCAAGUUUUAGAAUAUCACGUGGAAUGGCUGGAAGAAAUCGGAUUUUCCCAUGACCAGGGGAAGUGGUUUUAUGCUCUACUUGUUUGCCUGGAGAAACCACUUUUGCCAGAAACCACCUCAUUGCUUCGCACUCUCGCCAGACUCUGCGCAACCCUGAGAGCUUCGCUGAAAUGCAAGAAAUUCGACGGUUAGACAAAUAGAAUACCCUCCGUAAACUUGCUGCUAAGGAUAGUGACGCAGUCAAGACCGACACGAACGAGAAAACGCCAAGUCCAAUACAGCACUGCAGUUGGUGUCUUUAAAACGCUUCAAAAACCGCCGGCGGUUAACAAGUCAGCCCAUGGCAAGGGCGCCCCAAGUCGUUGAGCGACGCGAUCGUAAAGCGCACCUUGUCCGUCAGUUGAUCCUGCUAUCCUGGAAGGGCGACGCAAGACUAACUGAGAAUGGACAAAAACUCAGUAACGAGAGACUCGCGCUGUUGUACGAAGACAUUCUCGAAUCGCUGGAUUUUUACUCCAUCUUCCAUGAAAGGAGAAGGCAAAAUGAAGAACUGUAUCGUAUCGGUGAGAUAUACUCGUUUUUUCAAGGCGAGUUUUCAUUGAUAGACUUACGGGUGUUUAGCUCUUCCGCAAACUCCACUUUUUAUAUAUUUUUUGUAUCAUAAAAAAAAUUCUACUAUUUUUUUCAUUGCUGUCGUUUUUAAAAGAAAAUAGGCAUCAAAUGGCACAUUACAAAAGCAAACUAGCUUUCCUUUUGCAAAAUUUUACCUUUUCAAAUUCAUGCUUAUCUCUUUUUUCCUUUUUUUGUUUCGAUGUCAUCAAUAAAUUUCAAGUCAUAUACAUGGCGACUUCUGUUAUCGGGGAAACUCUGACACAACUAAACUCUCAUAUAACAGAACACAACCUUCCAGUUUCAAAGCGGGUCGUUUGAACUGUUCAGGGCUUAGAAUGUACGCAACCGAUAUGGAAAUUUCUCGCAAGGAGGCCGGAAUUGUUGGGUAAGUUACCUUGCAAGGUGUUUGAUUUCCCGAAGGAUGUUAAGGUUCGGCAGGAAAAGCAAUCAAGACAGGAAAUCAAGGAUUAUUUGAGGAAGGGGGUUCAAUAAACGUGCUGAUCGAACUAACAGACCGUCAGAUAUCACUAACCGAGUGUCGUUCGACAUUUGGAAAGGUCGUAGGAUUUGGGAUUUUGGGGCAGUAAAGCAGGCUUUUUCGUUUGCUCCAUCAAAAAGCACAAAAAAAAUUGUCUGUCAGCAUUAUUUCCACUAUAAGAGAAUUCUUCAUUUCCUGUAGAUAUGCGUGAAAAGAAAAAGAAACAAACUUGAAAAAAAAUUAGCAUUAUUCUAUAUAGGCAUUUGUAUUAAGUGAGUAAGCAAGUAGGUAACUUUAUUUAAUGAGUCUGACACAUGACAGUACUAAUUAACUGAUGACUCAGUGGCCCUCAAAUAAAACAAAACAAAAAAUAUAUUAUAUGAUGUAUAUAGAAAUAAAUC